CAAGAUAACUUAUUUUGUUUUACCUUUAGUACUGCAAUCUUGCGCUACCUAGUACAGAAAUAUAACACUCCUGAUCACUGGUACCCAUCUGAUCCACAGAAGCGUGCCCGUGUUGAUGAAUACCUAGCUUGGCAACACACUACUACACGUCCCAAUGGUUGCAGAGUCUUCUGGGUAAAGUGUAUGACUCCAGCAAUUCUGGGUCGGAAUGCUGAAGCAGAUAAACUAAACCAGGUCCUUGCUGAGUUCAUUGCUGUCAUGAAACAUCUGGAAGAGACAUAUUUGAAGGAUGGACUUUUUCUUGCUGGUGAUGAAAUAUCACUGGCAGAUCUUGUGGCUAUUGUGGAGAUUAUGCAGGUAGUUGCAAGUGGAGUCCCUGUGUUUCAGCAAAUGCCAAAGCUUGAAGCCUGGAAACAAAGAGUAGAGGAAGCAUUGGGUCCAGAAGUCUUCAAAGAGGCACAUGAGGACAUUCUCAAUGUCAAGGAGCAACAGCUUAAUUCUUUGUCUCCCGAAGUUAAAGAACAACUUAAAGGAAGGCUUCUUCUUUUUACAAAUUGUGGAAUGUGGCUCUGCUAA